CCCUUCUCUCUCUAUUCACGCGAGCUCAAGUCUGCGAUUUCCGAGAGGCAGAGUCUGCUCAGUCUAUCGGAGCAGCGAGGGGAGCUUAGAGGUUUCGAUCCGAUUCUUGAUGUCGGUUCCGUUGGUUCUUGGACUUUGAUCGGACCUCUGCUGUGGGAUUUAGUGGGUCGUCGUGUAAAGCUUCGAGCUUUCUUGGUUUCUGGUCGAAGGUAAGGUUUUGGCCGUGCUUGGAUUUAAUGGAGAGGGUCGACGAGAACGGUCGAGGCGUGAUGGGACCGGCAAACUUCCGAGAUACGGGCAGUCGAAGAGCGUUGAGGGAUAUCAACAAUCUGGUGGGAGCAGCGGCGCCGCCAUGUGCUUAUGCGAACCGCAAGAGGGGAAUGCUGGACAAGGGCAGUGUGGACGAUCAAAAUCCGACAUCUGUAGCUCGACGACCCAUGACCAGGAAAUUUACGGCCACAUUGGAAAGAAAAUCUCAAGCUUAUCAGCAGGGGACCAAAGAACAGCAUGAACAAGUCAGGAAUGAGACCCAGUAUGAUCCACCCUUGCCAUCAACAGUGUCAAGUUCGACCUGUUUCGAUAGUUGUACUGCGAUAGAUGUGGAUGAUUGUAAUAUGCAUUCUGACAUAGCAUUGCCCAUGGUAGACGAAAUGGAAGAAGUGGAUACCUCUGAUCCCAAGGAGAUUGAAAUGGAGGAUCUUGUCAUCGAGACAGCUCCGGACAUCGAUAGCUGUGAUUCGAAUAAUCCGCUUGCCGUCGUCGAAUACGUAGAAGAUAUAUACAGUUUCUACAGACAAACUGAGGUUACAAGUUGUGUGAGCCCUGAUUACAUGUCUCACCAGUUUGACAUCAAUGAGAAAAUGCGAGCUAUCCUCGUCGACUGGCUGAUAGAGGUGCACUACAAAUUCGAACUGAUGGAGGAGACACUUUUUCUGACCGUAAACAUCAUAGACAGGUUCUUGGCAAGGAUGACGGUAGCGAGGAAGAAGCUUCAGCUGGUUGGAGUUACAGCCAUGCUUCUUGCUUGCAAGUAUGAGGAACUCUCCGUGCCGAUGGUAGAGGAUUUUGUUCUCAUCACCGACCGUGCUUACACCAGGGAAGAAAUCCUUGAAAUGGAAAGAUCGAUCAUCAACACAUUGCAAUUCAACUUGUCUGUGCCAACUCCUUAUGUUUUCAUGAGAAGGUUUCUCAAGGCAGCAGAGUCUGACAGGAAGCUCGAGCUUGUCUCGUUCUUCAUCAUCGAGCUGUGUCUGGUUGAGUACAAAAUGCUCAAGUUCCAGCCUUCUUUGCUGGCUGCUGCCGCGAUCUACACCGCACAGUGUUCUCUCAGAGGAUUCUUCAAGUGUUGGACCAAAACUAGCGAGCUGCACACCACGUAUUCAGAGGAGCAGCUUCUUGAGUGCUCAAGGUUGAUGGUGGAGUUCCACCACAAGGCUGGACAAGGGAAGCUGACAGUAGUACAUAGAAAAUACAGCAGUUCCAGAUAUGGAUAUGCAGCAAAGUCAGAACCAGCUCUCUUCUUGUUGGACACUGGUCACUAGUGCCAAUGUCAGGGGGUGGUAACUUGAUGCUUCUCCCCCAUCAAAUCCUAAAUUUACCAUGGCAGAGUAUAAUUCUGUAUGAUGAUGAUGAAUGAUCUUUGGGUGCAACAGAAGUUGCAGAUCAUGCAAUGGAAAUUGCAUAGAAAAUGGACUUCAUUAUUGUCAAAUCUGAUGAUGAAAAUGUGUAAAAUUUCAUUGACAAAUGGCCAAAAUAGUAAUUAGAUUUUG